UCUUUAAACAACUUUAUUUUUAAAUGAAGAUCCGUAUUAGCACUCUUUUUCUCACAAUUGCGAUUUUUCUGCAUUUUUUUGAAUUAAAUGCUUCUGGAAAAGAGGGGACAAUUUCAUCAAGGCUUAAGCGAAAACGAAAUUUUGAGCCAGUAGAUUGCCCAGAAACUAGAGGACAAGCACAUGAGACAAUCAUAUAUCACGAUAGAACUGGCCAUGAUACUAACAUCAAAUUGUGGUUAGAUUCUACUCGCAAAUACGUGUUGAAAGCACACUUCUUAGGAAACCGUGUUCCAACUUCCGUCUAUUAUAGGGAUAACAAUUUUUACAUCCGUGUUAUUUAUUUAAGACGAUGGGAAGCUGUGGGAUAUUUUAAGCUAACCGGACGACUUUUUGCAGUUCGAGCACCCAACCCGGAUUGUGAUCACAAAUCUUUAGAACCUACUGAAUCAACAUGGUUCAUAAUUUUUUCGAAGUACAAGUUUUUGGUAACAGAAGAUCUCCAAAAAGGAAAAGUGCAAGGAAUUCACCUAUGGCCUAUCAAUUUGCACCAAGAUCCGGAAAACAGCAAUCGUGUCAAGCCCCAAAAGAUUACUUUGGCUGGCGUAAGCUUCAUUGUAUACAGAACGCGUGAUAUGAAAAUUUUGGGAGCUCAACUUGACCCGGCUGUUCAUACUCCUUAAUUGUAUACCGAUAAAUCUAUACA